UCCCCUGAGGCGCCAGAAUCCAAGAUGGCGCUCGCCAGCGUCCUCCGUGCGGAGCUCCCGGAAUUUUUUCCCAAAUCUUUUUCCAAAUCAUUUCCCAAAAAUUGUCCCGAGGAUUCCGAGGAGAUUCCCGAAAUUUUGAGGGAUUUUUCCGGCCCUCCGCGGGUUCUGGCGGCUCCUCCUUGCGGCGUUCAGGCGGAGCCGGAGGGACCCGGCUUUCAGAUUCUUCACGGCACCACAACUUUGGCUUUUAAGCCUUCUUCGGCGUGUACGGUGGCCGUGGACUCAGCGCCGCACGCCGGCUCCCAUAUCGCCCUCCCCCAGUCCGUGCUCAAGGUGCUGCCCAUCAACCCGCGCAUCCUGGGCACCAUGGCGGGCGGCGCCGCCGACUGCAGCUUCUGGCAGCGCCUGGUGGCGCGCCAGUGCCGCGUGCAGGAGCUGCGCAACAAGGAGCCCGUCUCCGUGGCGGCCGCCUCCAAGCUGCUGGCCAACCUGGUGUACCAGUACAAGGGCAUGGGGCUGAGCCUGGGCACCAUGGUGUGCGGCUGGGACAAGCGCCGUCCAGGCCUGUACUACGUGGGACAGCGGGUAGGGGCAGCCUACGUGGCGUGCUGGACCGCGGUUGCGUGGGCGGCGGGCGGCGGUGGUAGCGAAGGCGGCGGCGUGGCGAAUGGCGGCGCCAAGGGGCCAUCUACCAGCACGCCGGCGACGCUUACCCUCGGGGUGACGGUGAGGGUGUUCCACGUCGGGGAGAGCGGCUGGAGGGAAAUCUCGGCCGAUAACGUCAGCGAGCUGCAGGAGCUCUACGGGGAGUGAGGCGAAAAAAUGUGAGUUUUGGUGAAUAAAGUGCAAAAAAAUCCGAUUUCUUGGUGCUUUCUUUGGUGAUUUCUUGGGAUUUUUUGGGGAGUUUUUAGAGGGUUC